AUGCCAGAGGUCAUCGAUCUCCUCUCCUCCACCCCUCCGCCCCCGUUAGAGCGACGUGAGCAGCUCUCCAUCCGCAGAGCGCAUUCUCACCCGCCUGUCGUACCCGCCUCGGACUCCAUCUUCUCCGACGAAAUUGACCUCUCCGCAUUUACCUACGAUAACCCCAUCGAGCAGCCCGCCAAACGACGGCGCUUGAGCCAUGAGAUCACACCCGUCAAAGAUGUACCGCUUCCACCAGCUAAGAACUCGCUGUUCCUCUUCUCCGAUGACGACAUAAUCUUAUCCUCGGACGGUCCCGCCCCUACAAAACCUCCGGCCUGGAAUGGAGAAUCCGACCCUAUUGUCUUCACCUCAUCGGCGCCUGAACCCACUCAUAAUCUACCGGUCAGACCAGCCAUAAGCUCGCGUGCUGUAAACACUAUCUCACUCGAUGAUGAUGAUGCUGGCAAUUCCAGUGACACCCGCAGUAACAACCGACCCCGGAAAGAGGCGAUUCAAGUGUCCAGCGACCAAUUGGAUUUCCCGGAUGUCGACGAUUUACUUGAUGUGGCCCAGCGAGUCGAAGCAAACGCAUUUUCAAGUCGGACUGCGAAUCUACUAGCAACCCUUGAAGACCGUUCCCGUGGCAGCAAUGGCGAAUCUGCGUCCAGGUCGUCGAGAGGUCGGAGGAUCCAGGAUCAAAGCGAUGAUAUAGAGGUUGAAGAGAUGCCGCCACCGCGGAAGCCCCAGCGCAAAGCAAUCAAGGUUACAAGCGAAGAGAAGGAGGCUAAAGCCAGAGAGCGGGAGGCGGCUAAGGCACAAAGGGAACACGACAGGCAACUUGAAAAGGAGCGCAAGCAGAAAGCCAAGGAAGAUAAAGCCCGCGAAAAGCAACUCGCAGCGGACAUUGCUGAGGUCAACAAGCUCAAGGUGGACAAGAAGGAUUCGACGCAUGAGAUGCUAAUUGACCUCGCCUCUACAUUUACCGACACAAGUCUCGGGAAUCAGACCUCGGAGCUUAUGCGCCUUCUCAAAGUUGAUCUCUCAUUUUUCCCCAGUACCAUUCCGAAUAUCGUCAAGUGGCGUCGCAAGGUUCGGGCUACAUAUAACGACUCCCUUGGUCACUGGGAACCGUGCGCGCUUCACAUCCGCGACGAAGAGGAGCAUGUCCUAUGUUUGAUAGCGGCUCAAGACUUUAUCAAUAUGAUCGUGGCCCCAACAACCGAACCAAGAAAUACUAUCAACGACCACGUUGAGCGCCUGAAAUUAGCCUACCCAAAGUCUCGACCGAUCUAUUUAAUCGAAGGCUUGACAAGUCUAAUGCGGAAGAAUAACAAUGCACAAAACAGAGCCUACCAAGCCGCUGUGCGACGACAAUAUGAAGACAGCUCUGCCCGUCCCUCAACGCGGAGAAAGCAACAGCAGCCUGAACCGGUUACGCCUAUAGACAGCGACACGGUUGAAGACGCUCUCCUCGAUUUACAGGUGACCCAUUCGUGCCUAAUCCAUCAUACAAGCUCCCCUGCAGAGUCCGCGGAAUGGAUCAAGAACUUCACUGAGUAUAUUUCCACUGUGCCCUAUCGCCGGGAGCGGAUGGACUUGAAUGACUCCGCAUUUUGUAUGGAUGUAGGACAAGUAAAGCCCGGCGAGAACCGAUCCGACGCAUUCGUGAAGAUGCUCCAGGAGGUGAACCGAGUCACGGCGUCAAUGGCAUAUGGCAUUGCGACGCAAUACCCAAGUGCGAUGGAUUUGGUAAAUGCGAUGCGGAAACAUGGACCGGGGCUAUUAGAAGACGUCAAGCAAACAAAAACGGCGCCCUCACCGAUUCACGCAUUGGUCCAGCCGUGA